UACGGAACACCGGAAGUAGAACUACGUGCUUCCGGAAUUCGCCGGCAACAUGGCGGCCUCCGCUAAAUUUUGGAAGGAGGGGCAAAGAUUUCUGCCCAUAUUUCCGCAACUAUGUGUCGUGAAGGACUCCAAUCUCUGCACGAUGUCGCUAAGAAGAUUAUGCAGGCAGGCAAGGCAAAUUCACACAAGAACAGUGGAUACCAAGGUUGGAAGUUUGACGGCUCAAGGGAAGCUGUUAGCUGGACCAGGCAGACUGUCUCCCUGCAGAGGUAGUCAGGCUCUUAUAUGCAGACCUCUCCUCCAUCUAAGGACUACAACUUCUCAUAUCAGGUCUAUAUGUACAUCUAGUCUCUGCAGUAGCCAGAAAUCCAGCCUGGACCCGAUGACCCCAUCUGACCCCUUCCAACUUGUAUCUACAGAAAUGUCCACCUUGUACAACGACAUAAAGAUGGUUUGUGUACUUUAUGCAUAG